GGGAUUUUGCGAGUGUUGCUUAAUCAAUCCGCGAUUACCAGCUUCUGCACGAAUGCGUCAAUUUCCGUGGCGCCAUACCUGGUACCGUCAUUAUCAAUCGCACUACGAGGAUUCCAAGUUCGAACCGAAAUGCCGCCAUGGAUCGUUUACUUCCCUCCUUGAGCUACAGCUCCACCUCCAUGACCGCCACGGUGUGCGUAUCCCUGAGAUAUCAAGGCAGUGUGGGCAAGGUAAGCGGCGCAGACCGGAAAUUGCAGAACCUUACUUCCGCAGAAACUGCAAGCGACGCAAGGCCUGCAGUGACAACGAAGAGGAGCAGGAGACGACAUGUGUAUUCCUAAAUAGCAC